AUGGCUAUAUCGAAAACACCGCGGACAGACGCUUCGAAAUUCUCAGGAUCAAAGUCGCACCGUCAACUGGAUGAGGCUUACGAACUGAGCCCGGAACAGCUGGAUUUCUAUCACACGAAUGGCUUUAUUCGUCUGAAAAACGUGCUGGAUAGCGACUCAAUUGCCUACUACAACAUCGUUAUUACCGAAGCGGUCCGCAGUUGGACCCCCGCUAUAUUUCUUGCACAGUUGCGCAACGAUUGUGGCCCGGAACUGGCUGACAAGCUCAGGCCUUACCUUCUCGCAACAACAGCCCAGGGCGCCACAGAUACCUAUAGCCGGGCAUUUACCCAGAGGAUGAACCUUUGGCGCCACCAUGCUGAGAUAGAAAAGCUGGUGCGCAGCAAGCGCCUGGCAAAACUGGCUGCCGAUCUGAUGCAGGUGGAUGGUGUGCGCCUGUACCAUGAUCAAGCAUUGUUUAAGGAGGCACAGGGCGGCUACACACCCUGGCAUGUUGAUCAGUUCUACUGGCCACUGUCGAACAACAACACCAUCACGCUGUGGAUACCGCUGCAGGCUGUCAGUGCGCACAUGGGACCGCUGGCCUUCGCAGCAGGUUCCCACCAGGCCAUGCCUGAACAGGCCGCAGAUCUUGGCAUUUCGGACAAAUCUGAACAGAUGCUCAACAGCCUGAUGAAGAAUUUUGAAUACAUUAAUGCACCGUUUGACCUGGGCGAAGUGAGUUUCCAUAGCGGCUGGACCUGCCAUCGGGCUGAUGGCAAUAAAAGUGACCAGACCCGCGCCGCGUUUUCGCUCAUCUACAUGCAGGACGGCAUUCGCAUGAGUACCCCCAAGCAUCGAAAUCACGCCAUGGACGCGCAGAUGUGGCUCCCCGGCAUACAAAGCGGUGAAGCAGCCGCUUCACCCAUCAACCCCGUGCUGUUCUCACGUAAAUUCAUGGACUACUUACUUGAUCGCGACUGGCGCUCGCCGAUCCGUUAUCCCGACCCUGCCAUUGAAGUCCUGGACCAGGCUUUUCGCCAGUACGUGCUGGCUAGCGCAGCGUUGGAACGCAUCUGGACAGGCGGUCGCUGGACCGAAGGUCCUGUAUAUUUCGGUGAUUUACGCAGCCUCAUCUGGAGUGAUAUUCCCAACAACCGAAUGAUGCGUUGGGAUGAGACCAGCGGCGAAACCUCUGUUUUCAGGGCGCCUGCCGACUAUGCCAACGGCAAUACCCGGGACCUGCAGGGUCGGUUAAUCACCUGUGAACAUGGCAGCCGGCAGGUCACCCGCACAGAGCACGAUGGCACGGUAACUGUGCUGAUCAAACACUUCGACGGGAAGCGGCUGAACGCGCCAAACGAUGUGGUGGUCCAUCCCGAUGGUGCCAUCUGGUUCACUGACCCCGGCUACGGUAUUCACUGGCACUACGAAGGCCACAAAGCGCAGUUCGAACUGCCCACACGAAUCUAUCGCCUCGAUCCCGACAGCGGUGCAGCUACAAUCGUGGAUGAACAGCUCAACAAACCCAACGGACUGGCCUUCUCCCCGGAUUAUAAAAAACUCUACGUUUCCGAUACCGGUGCAUCACAUACUCCGGGGCAUCCACGAGCGAUCCACGUGUUCGACGUCAUCGACAAUGAACGCUUGAGCCCACCUACGCAGUUCUGCGACUUUGAAACUGCCGGGCCUGAUGGCUUUCGCGUAGAUACGCAGGGCAACUUAUGGUGCGGGGCUGCCUGGGGCGACGCUGGCGCAGACGGUGUAUUUGUCUACGCGCCAAACGGUAAAAAGAUUGGCGCGAUCCACCUGCCCGAGGGGGUAUCAAACGUUUGUUUUGGGGGACCGAAGCGCAACCGCCUGUUCAUGACUGGGUCGCAGUCCGUUUAUGCACUUUAUGUUGACGCUCAGGGUAUGCCCUACCCGGGAUAA